AUGCGCUUCAACUCGAAACAGCUCCAGAGCCGGGACAUCCUGUACACGGUGGAGCCCGAGAUCAUCCUGGACGAGCAGGGCUGCGAGCUGGUGCCUCGUCUCACCACGAUUCCGGCGUCCAACAACCGCCUGAACUCCACCCGGAGGCUCAUCGACCACGGAGUAGAUCUGUCGAGAUACGACGAGCGUAUAGGGAGUUCAAGGCCCGAUAGUAUCGAGCUGCGCACUACCUACGCCAUCUUGUCUGCUAUGAAGGGCCUAAUCGGCCACCGGUUCCUCGCUAUCGGCGCAGACCCCGAGGGUGUUCGGUAUUUGACGUUUGUAUCGUCCCUUACCUCGGUCCUCCGCCUCCCUAUACAGCAUGCCGUACCCCUUAGCUCUACUUCCAGCCUCUCCGGGAAUACCAUUCUCAGGCUCGCCGCCGCUCAGCUGAUUGCCGCAGCCAUCGCCGGGGCCUUCUCCUGGAUUCGGCUGCCUCUAUAUGCGGAAGUAAGCCAGCUACUGCCAGCGGAUAUUGCUGUUUUUGUCAGCUUCUCCAGCCAAGAAUCAGCCAACGAGCAGACGCUUCUCUCGGCGCUGCCGCCUUACUGUCGCGGGGAGACCGUCGGCUGGUAUCGAGCGUCAUGCGUGGCCAACGUAGGCGCCAUCAUCAGCGUCGGCUACAUCACCCAGUCGGCGCGCCAGCUCGACCUCACAGUGGCGAAUAUACACCUUACGCACCUGUCCGAGGAGGACUUCCACCAGAUGUUCGCCGAGGCCAUAGAAGCCGGAUUCCCGGACUCACCCGACAGGCCCGAGACCGAGUUCUCCACGGGGCUGCUCGAGUAGUCAAGAGCGCCUUUGCGGCACAGCUGUGCAGGAUCCUGUAGAUGUUGACGGGCGACAACAAUAUAAUAAAUAUAUAUAGUAUCAAUCUAGGGCUCGACUCGCUUAUCUCGGUCGAUAUCCGGUUGUAGUUCCUUAAGAACCUAUAGGUUAGCAUCCCUAUGCUUAAGAUCAUAGCCAACGACGUAUAGACAUAUUAGGGCUCGUUAAGGCUACCGCCGAAGGGAUCCCCACCGAGCUAAUCCCCGAGGUCCAGGCCAAUACAAAGGGGAGAUAAUAGCGGCUCCGAGACGAAUAGUAAUACUAACGCAGUCGCUACACCAUCGAGCAGCACGUUAUUAAGCAGAUAGGCACCCGAGCCCGACACGGUAGCGACUUUACCCGGUAGCACUACUCUACU